AUGAUGUGGAGAAGAGUGUUCCCUUUCCUUUGCUUGAUCGCCUUCACCAUUGCUGCCAGCAGAAUAAAACGAGAAGAGCCAAUUGCUGAAGGAAGCGGUGAACCGAUGGCUGAGGGAAGUGGAGCCAUCGGAGCCAUUGAGGGACAAUCACCAGCUGAAGAAACACAAGACUCUGUAAAGGAAAAAAGUAAUGCUGAUGAGGACACACUCACCGGCACCGAGGCUACAAAUGCUGAACACAGUGAUGCCAAACGAGAAGAUGCUUCACAAUCGCAAUUCUCAUCAGCAGCUCAACAAGGUGUCAACUCAGCUCAGUCACUCUUCGCCUAUUCAUUCAUCUCCAUUAUCAUUGCUAUUUUCAUUUUC